CUUCACACUUCACACACUCUUUUCAUGGCUUUAUACGUAACCCCAUGCCAACUCUUGACCACCAUAAAGCAGCAACCAACAACGCGCUUCCGCAAAAUCCACUCGCCGCCUCAUUCCGCCAACACACACCAACACCAUGAAACCCAUCGUGUUCCGCAUUCUCGCUUGCAUUGCCUUCAUCGCGUGCAUCGUCGUCAUGACGCUCUUCAUCAUUUUUAGCGUCGUCAAGCCCAAACUCCCCGAGUUCCGAGUCGACUCGGCCUCGCUCACCGUGCUCAACCUCAACAACACCGAACCCUACCUCACCGCCACGUGGAACGUCACCCUCGUCAUCACAAACCCUAACCACAAUCUCGCCAUCGCCUACGACGCCGUUUCGGCCAGCGUGAUGUACGGAAACGAUGCCGUUCUCGCCCGCACUCUCCUCCAACCCUUUUUACAAAAAUCCCGAUCCGAUACCGCGCUUCAAAUUCAUUGCGCGGUGGUCAACGAGUUUCUUCAUGCCGGCUUGGCCGCGGGCCUUGCGUCGGACCGGGCCAAUGGAUCGGUCCAAUUUGGGCUCGCGUUUUGGGCUUUGAUCAGUUACAGGGCCGGUAUCUUUCAGUCGAGUGAUUACCGCUUGAAGGCUAACUGUAACGCUUUAAGGUUUGCAUUUUCGCCCCAAGACGGAACCGGUGCUUUAUUGAAUAGUUUCCUCUGUUAGUGAUGCACACAGUGUCUGGGUGCAUCCAUGUUUAUCGAUAAAAGUUACUCUUGAAUAAACUUUGGGAGUUAAAUAUAGUUAAUGUAGUUGUUUAACACCGUUUCCAUGUAUUAGAUUCAU